AUGCCCUCCAAUAACUUCAUCCACGCGGGCGGCGUCGGCGGCGGCGUCGUGCCCCAGCUAGAUGCCCCUCACUCCGCCAGCAACGCAGGCGACCGCCGAGUGACGAUCCGAUGCAUGCAGUCCUCCAUCAGCCUGCCCGUCACGCCUGAUACCUCGCCCGUGGACCUUUUAUUCUCCGCCGCCAAUCUCAUGAGCCACAACAUCGACCCUCCAUCGAGCAUCGUCGUCGAGUGCUACUUCUCCUUCGGUCUCGAGCGUCCGCUGCGGCGCUACGAGCGCAUCCGAGACAUCCUCAACUCGUGGGAGCGCGACGUCCAACACUCGCUUCUCAUCAUCCCGGGCGGCGCCGCAGACAUCAGCUCGGACCUGAGCAUCGAGUCUGUGCCGCGCUCGCACGAUGCGCCGCCCGGCUUCAUCAACUUUCCCAUGCACCUGUCGCACAGGCCCGGCCGCUGGAACAAGCGCCUCAUCACCCUGCUCGAGACGGGCCAGGUCUACUCGCACAAGAAGCCCGACGCCAAGCUGUCCGACAAGGACAGCACCGCCCUCUGCAACCUCUCCGAUUUCGACGUCUACCAGGUGACCGACCAGGACAUGCUGAAGCGUCUCAAGGUGCCCAAGAAGCACGUGCUCGCCAUCAAGAGCCAGCAGAAAAACAGCGUCUUCCUGAACACGGAGAACUUCAUUCACUUUCUCAGCACCGACGACACGACGGCCGCCCGCAAGCUGCACAAGAGCGUCCAGGAGUGGCGCAGCUGGUAUCUGGUCAACAAAAAGGUCGACCUCGCCAAGAAGGAAAAGGCGCUGCAGACGAACCACGACCGGCUCCACGUGGAAAAGCCGACAGAUAUUGUCAAGAGCGGGCACCACCGCCUGAAGGUGUCCGUGGACGAGACGCCGUACACCAUUGGCAAGUUCGAGCCGCUCCUCGAUAUGAACAGGUUCGAUAAGCCGCUCGAAGAGUUUGGCAAGGACUUUCUGCCAGAAAGGCCCGCCGAGAAGCAGAGGCCGCCCGUGCAGAGGCCGCCCGUGCAGAAGGCCACGACCAGACCCACGACGGCGACGCGGCAGGCCAUGGCCAGCCCUCUGCACUCGCCCCGCGCGCCCGUCUCGCCGCCGCAGCGCAUCGACCCUUUUGCGCGGGAAGACGAGUUCAAGUCGAAUGGGCUGCUGGGCAAGGUAUACGAGGAUCGCAAGCACCACGCCGAGCUGGCCGAGAGGACAUCGGAUGAUUCUCCGGCGGAGGGGCCCUUCACAGGCGGACUCCUGCAGAACCGCUUGCAAGAGGAGAGUCGGUUGCAGGAGCCGAGCCGGCAAGCGAGGUCACUGGACAGGAGCAACACGAAGAGGAGACCGUCUGCGCCCCCGGAACGGAGAUUUCAGCUCGACGCCACCGCCGAGGAGCCGCCCCUCGAGAGCCCGUUCACCGGCGGUCUGCUGCAGACCCGUCUGCAGGAGGAGAGCCGACAAGCCCGGUCGCUCGACCGCAGCAACACGCGAAGGCGACCGACGGCCUCUGAGCGUCGGUACCAGCCCGAGGCGUCGCCCGAGCCCGCCGUCCCCGUCACGGGGCCCUUUACCGGCGGUGGCCUCCUGCAGACGCGCAACCAGGACCCGGCCAGGCAGACGCGCGCCCCUGAGCGCGCCAACACGCUGCGCGGCGCCUCGGCCGAGCAGCCCACGAUGCCGCGCCAGCCAGGCCGCGCCCGUGCCCGCACGAACCCGCGCCCGCCGACCUCGGACGGCGCCUCGUACGGCAAGCUCGCCGAGAAGCCCCAGCCGCUGCUCGACCUCUCCAACACGCCGCGCGUGCCCGACCUGCCACAGGCCUGGCGCGAGGCGCACGGCCGUGGCGUCCGCGUCCCGCAUGGCGCGCCCCUCGUCAGCAUGGCCACCGACUCGCGCGAGCAGCAGUAUGGCCACCUCGGCGGCAGUGGGCUGGCGGCGCUGCCACCGAGCAUGGCGACAACGGGCCUCGCGCGGCGGGGCACUACCAAGACGACCAAGUCAAACCCCGGCGCCGCAGCAGCAGCGAUGACGACGACGACAGCAACAACAACAACAACAACAACAACAACGGGGGGGCUCGAGCGGUCUGCUACGAGGGCCAAGUCAAGUACGAGGGCGCGGUCGAGCACGAGGGUGCGAAGCGCCUCCACCGCUGCGCCGGCGCAGAGGAGGGCGGCGUCGCACGAGCAGCACCAGCACCAGCAGCCGCCUGUGCCGCCCAUGCCGACCAAGUCGCCCGUCGUGCGGCCUUCGAGGCGGAGGGACGACGAUGAGGACGUGCCGCUGAUCAACUUUGUCGAGCGGGCGAGGGGGCGGGACCCGAUGGCCAGGGGUGUGGAGAUGAGGACCCGGAGCGGGCCGUUACAGGGUUGA